AUGGAGAAGGGUGAAAAGGUCUUACCUACUAAGACCAAUAGUCGAUUAGCAAGGGAGGCUAGAAAACAGAUACCCUCAGUCCCAGUGAAGGACAUCUCAUAUCCCUUGGUGCCAUCAAAGAAAGAUAAGGAGCGAUAUUUUGCUCGAUUUCUUGACAUCUUUAAUAAGCUGGAGAUCAUCAUUCCUUUUAGAGAGGCCUUACAGCAGAUGCCUUUGUAUACCAAAUUUCUGAACAACCACCUCCCGAAAAAAGGGAAAUAUAUCAAUAAUGAAAGCAUCAUGGUGGAAGGAAGUUGCAGUGCUAUGAUCCAGAAGAACUCACCACAAAAAUUCAAUAACCCAGGAAGUGUAACCAUCCUAUUCUCUAUUAAGGAUGUGUCAGUGGGUAAAGCUCUCCUUGAUUUGGGGGCAAGCAUCAAGCUAAUGCCCUUAUCUAUGUGCCGAAGAAUUGGGAAUCUGAAGAUUGCUCCCACCAGAAUGAUGCUUCAGCUAGCAAACUGUUUGAUCAACAAACCAUAUGGUGCAGUUGAAGACGUCCUUAUCAAGGUUCGCCAAUUCACUUUUCCGGUGGACAUUGUGAUAAUGGAUAUAGAAGAUGAUUUUGAUAUUCCUCUAAUAUUGGGCAGUCCAUUCAUGCUUAUUGCAAAAUGUGUUGUGGACAUGGGGAAUGGCAACUUAGAGAUGAGUGUGGAGGACCAGAAAGACACUUUCAACUUGUUUGAGGCAAUAAAGCAUCCCAGUGAUAGCAAGACCUGCUUUAAGAUGGAGGAAAUUAAGCAAGAAGCUGACCUUGUUGGGCAACACCUGAAGUCUAUGUUUCUAGAAGAAGAUGAAGUCAAGCCGGUUGUGAAUCCAACAAACCCUUCCAUUGUCCUCCCGGGGCCAAGGUGA